CCGGCCCCAGUAAUAUUCUGAAUUUCCACCUGCCCGCCCCUGCCACUUAUAACAACAGCACGUGAAGCCCGGGGCUUCAGUUUCCUUGACUCUGUGGGUGGAUUUGUAGGGGCAGAGUGUCAUGCUGAGUCUCCGGUUUUCCUCAGUUCACUGGUGGUAAAAGAACUCUGGCUGGAGACCCUCGCAGGACAGAAUCAAAGCCCCCACAAUAGUGAAAUCCUCCUGGACUGUCAGGCCAAACUCCAAUGAAGUUGAUAAGCAGCUUUGAUGCUUCAAAAACACUUGAUGCCAAUAAUAUGGAGACAUUAAUUGAAUGUCAGUCAGAGGGUGACAUCAAGGAGCUUCCGAUGUUGACAUCAUGUCAGAGUGAAGACAGUAUUUGCCAGCUAAUUGAAGUUAAAAAGAGAAAGAAAGUACUGUCCUGGCCCUCUCUCAUGAGAAGACUCUCGCCUUCAUCUGAUUUCUCUGGGUCUUUGGAACCAGAGCUGAAAGUGUCACUAUUUGAUCAGUCCUUGUCAAUCAUCUGUGGGGAGAAUGACACACUCCCCAGACCCAUCCAGGACAUUCUGACCAUCCUUUGCCUUAAAGGCCCUUCAACUGAAGGAAUAUUCAGGAAAGCUGCCAGUGAGAAAGCCCGCAAGGAGUUGAAGGAGGAGCUCAACUGUGGGGGCUCUGUGGACCUGAACCAGCUGCCUGUGCACCUCCUGGCUGUGGUCUUCAAGGACUUCCUCCGGGGAAUCCCCCUGAAGCUACUCUCCUGUGACCUCUUCGAGGAGUGGAUGGGUGCCCUGGAGAAGCCAAGUGAGGAGGACAGAAUCGAGGCCCUAAAGCAGGUUGCAGAUCGCCUUCCCCGGCCCAACCUUCUGCUGCUCAGGCACUUGGUCUAUGUGCUGCAUCUCAUCAGCAAGAAUGCUGAGGUCAACAAGAUGGACUCCAGCAACCUGGCCAUCUGCAUCGGACCCAACAUGCUCACUCUGAAGAAUGACCAAAGCUUGUCCUUCCAAGCCCAGAAAGACUUGAACAAUAAGGUUAAGACACUGGUGGAAUUCCUCAUUGACAACUGUUUUGAAAUAUUUGGAGAGAACAUUCCAACACAUUCCCGUAUCACUUCUGAUGACUCCCUGGAACACACUGACAGUUCAGAUGUGUCAACUCUGCAGAAUGACUCAGCUUAUGACAGCAAUGAUCCAGAUGUGGAACCCACCAGUGUUGUCACCUCUCCCAGCAGGCAGCUGGAAGGGCCCACUGCCAUGGUGGAUGGCCUGGAUGACAGGCACCCAGAGGACACCUGUGGGUUAAGCUCAGUGCCCACUGUCAGCAUGGUUGCUAGGCUGAGAGGCUCCAUCAACCAGCAGGACAGGAGAUUCUCUGAACCCAACAUGUCACCCUCACAAGAGUGCUCUAUGACAAAGCAAAAGCUAACAAAAAGUGCGGACGACUUUACGGUGCCCCGGGCGAGCUCUCGUCUUGGAAGUGAUAAAGCUGAAGAUCCGUUUACAGAGGAAGUCUUCCCGGUAGUAGAAGGCAAGCCCAAGAGACCAGUGGAUUUGAAGAUCAAGAACUUGACCCAAGGUUUAGCAUCACCACCAGGACUGAUUCCCAAAGCCUUCUCCAGCGUCUCCCUGGAUGAAUCUUUGGACAGCUCACCAGUGCCUUCUCCUUCCUGUCCCAAAAGAAAUUUCUUCAUAAGACAUCAGAGUUUCACAACAAAGACAGACAAAAGCAAGUCCCACAGAGAAAUCAGAAAGCACUCCAUGUCAUUUUCCUUUGCCUCUCACAAAAAAGUGCCUCCCCAGACCCCCAGCUCUGGGUCUGGAAAAUCCAAAGACUUUCCCAGAGACCAAAUAAGGAAGGGUUUGAGGAGAGAAAGUCAGCUUGCUGGCAGAAUCGUCCAAGAAAAUGGGUCAGACAUCCAAGGCCAAACAGCUCUGGGCUGCAGCUUGUCUAGAACCUGGACCCUCUCUGUUGACAAUGUAUUCCAGCUAGUUGAUGUCAGGAAGCCAGGAAGCCCCCCGUCUUACAAAGAGGCCAUUCAGAGCCAAGCAUCUGGACUCACAGACUACAGUGGCCAGACUGUUGCAAGUAUGAGAGCAAGAAUGCUCAACCAGGACACCACCCUGUCCCCUCUGCUGCCUUCGCAACACAGGGGUGACCACAGUGAAGCGAUGCCUAGAGGACACAGACUGUCUCCCAUGAUUGAGCACUGGAAACAGAAUCAGACUGUCAGUGUUUCUGUGGAAACUCAAGGGAGAUCUGAGCCUCACAGGUUGAGAACCACAUCUGAGUCUGUACAGAAAGAUAAGUGGGAUUAUCUCAGGCAACGAUGUAGCCAGACAGUCUUUGAGGUCGACCAACUCCAAUGUGCUAAAGAAUCCUACAUUUAGGAAAGGAGGCCUUGUGCCACAGCUAACUUGUGGUAUUUGUAGAUACAUGUACAGAGAACUGCCUGCAGAUUCUGUUUUCCAAAAAGUCAUAAAUAAGCUCAUUUAGAAGGUGUGGUGAGCCCUUCUCUUCAAGAAUGGCUUACACAAUGCACAUCAUUUGUCUGUUGUGUACUCGGAUUUGUGCAAUAUCUAGUAAAUGUAUAAAAUGUAUUAUAAACCAGGUAUUAGAUGAAAGGGUAUCUACGUACAUCCCCUACAUGUAUGUGUUUGUAUGCUUUCUGUGUGUUGCUACUUUGCCCUCAGGGGUGCAUUUCUAUGGGAUGGUAAAAAUCAUCUUUGCUUUUUUACUGUUACCUCAGAUGUCAUGUCAUUUUCAUAUUUUCCGUGAGCUCUAUUUAGGGAAAAUGCCUGCAUUGUUGAAACCAAGGUUACUUUACUCUACAGGUUUACAAUAACUGAUCAGCACAGUAGGAGAAAAUAUGCUGAAAAGACACAAAGUUCAGUGUUUGGAGCUGUCAACAGCAUUAGGAAAAGACCACAAUGAAAAUUAUGAAAAAUAUUUGUGUCUUUUCAAUCCUCUAAUUAGAUUUGGGUAUAUUUGGGUAGACUAGUGGAUGUGCAUUAUGUCAAUAUUAACUCAUGUAGAGCACUUUGAGUUUCUUCACAGUUCAGUGGUGUUUUAUGCAAUAGUGUGGAGGUAAAUGAUUUUGUACGCAUUGGGGCCCAGUGUAAAGCUUCAAUGUCAUUUCACUACAAUAAACUGUCUUCCUCCUUUGAAAGCAAA